AUGGCUCAAGAUUUCUUCGGGCACCUGCAUCCUGACUGCCCCAGCUUCAUCACCCCUCACCCACCCUCACCCUCACCACCAUCGCCUCGUCUUUCCCUAUCAUGGCAAGGUUCGCAACCAAGGUUGAAGUUGAAAGUUCAUCCGACCUCCCUCGAACUUUCUACACGCCUCAUCAAUUACGGAAAGUCCGAAGCGCUCGUCUACCGCAACGUCAACAACUCCCCUGAACUGAUACUCUACAUCCCGUGGAAAGCGCGACUAUUGCAUAUAUAUGCCAGCCUGCUCGUACCCUCAUCCACCAUUCCAUUCGGAUCAGAAUCUCAAUGCGGCCCAUAUCCGUACCGGUACCAGUUUUCUCGAGAAGAGUCACUUGUUCAAAGAGUUAAAGCAAUAGUCUUUGGCGAAGGAUCAUCCAAAAGCGCAAUCGCAACAUCUCACUGCAUCUUGACAAAACGUAGUGUGACAUACAGCGGAGAGACGUGCGGUGCAGCUGAGCCAGGAAGAUUUGAGCUUCAUCUUAGAUGCAGUACCGACAUGUACGAACCACUAUACUCGAGAGUAAGCCAACAGGAACAGGAACGAAAAGAGGGGAAGACAACGACCGCAGACUACUUGGGAUCCCAAGCGACCUCUUCACCUGAAUUCCGACAUCAACGAGAGAAAACGAAUCAUCCUAUCUGAAGCUAAAUGUUGCUGCAUCGCACCAUCGAAAUGUCGAGCCGCGAAGGUUUUGCUUCCUGAGAAUUCCAGCUCGACAGGGGAAUGCAGACGCCCAUACCGCUCCGCCUCCCACAAGAAGCUUCAAAACCACUCAACGUGGACCAUGAGAGACACUGCUGUUGGAACGGUACGUCCACUUCAGAACUCUCACAGCAGCUCCAGAGUUGAAUCAUGGUGUGUGAAAAAAGUGGCAUCGUGUUACCAUGAAUUCUCGUCCAUGUUGAUAGACAACUAAAAAUCCGCCCCACGACGUGCAAAUCCCACGUCACGAUAUCUUGGCGGUUCGUCCAAAGCCAGCCGCGUUAAUCGUGGCAAUGAAGAUGUUCGUCGAAAUACGCGGCAUAAACCAGCUGGGGGGCCCAAGUGGGCUGCGGUCCGCAGUGGAUGUAGACCACAUCAAGACAAGGAAGUAA